CAGCAACUCGCGAGAUGAAGCGGAAGGAGCUUCUCGGCGCCUGCGAAGCGCUCGUCAAGUCAUAUGACCCCAACAUCAUGACGGUCGACGCGCAUGUCGACGAGGCGCUGCGCGACUUGCCCGACGCCGACCGACUCUUUCUGCAUCAAGUGCUCUAUGGCUGCGUGCGCUACAAGGACGUGCUCAAGGUGUUUUUGGCCAACUUUUACAUGGACAAUAGCGCGAAAACCAGCCGGAACGACUACACCAAGUUUAUGAUCCUCGCGUACCUGAGCAUCUUCCGCCUGAGCGAAAUCGGCAUGCCCGCCUUCAAGAGCAUCGUGUCGUCGCAGAACCCGACGUCGAUGCACGUGUUUCUCACCUACCUCUUUGACGAAGCCAUCUUACCCGGUCCAAGCCGAGUGGACUCGACUCCUCGACCAAGCUUUCAUCGAGAAGGAAAUGAUCGCGAAAAUGCUCGUCUUCAAGCACGACAUUAAUGGCAUCCUCGACCACCUCCACGCCAAGGCCUUUGGUAUGGCCGCGGCGCGCGAGACGCUCAAGGCCAACGGCGGCAUCGUCCGCGUCGCGAGCAAGGAGCCGACGAUCCCGAUUGCGCCCAAUUUAACAAAGCCCAAGCCGCGCCCGAUCGCGGAGCCGAUGCGUAUUCCGCUCGAGAUCAAGGCGAAUCCGGUACCAGAGCUCAACAAGCUCACGCUCUCGGACCUCGAGACGCAGCAAAAGCAGCGGCGCGAGGCGGCCAAGCAAGAGGUGCUCAAAAAAUACGAAGAGUCGUCAGCGCAGCCUUUCAAGCUCGAAGAAACGCGAAGCAACCUGGAUGCGAUCAAGAAGGAGGUUGAGGACGCCCGCAUGGCCGAGCUCAAACUCAAAUUCAAAGCCAAGCCGAAGAAGCAAGAGAAGGAAGCCAAGAUCCUUCAGGCGUACGAGUCGGAUCUGCGCGAUGCGUCCGAGUUUUACCGAUGGCAGAGCGACAUGAUCAAGAAGGACGACGAAGACCACCGCCGACAAGUCGAGAUGCGGCGCCUCGAGAUGGCGCAGGCUCAGCACGAAGCCAUCGAAGCGAGUCUGCGCGCCAAGGCCGAGAACCGCGAAGUCGCCAUCCAAAUGAAGCUCGUCGCGCGUGAGAACGACGAGAAGCGGCGACAAGAAGAGCUCGAGCUCAACCAGCAGUACCAACAGAUCGCAACCGACAUCAAACAGACGCGCGAGGUGGCGCCGCGCGAAGCCGAAGAGCGCGUCCGCCUCGAAAAUGCUCGGAAGCGAGAAGAGCUCAAUGCAAUGCUCGAAGCCGAGCGACAACGGAAAGCCGAGCAGGAUGCGAUCGACCAAGCUCAGCGGGAAGACCUCAUUCGCCAAAUCCGCGCGCUGGACCGCGUGCACCGCGAGCACGUGGCGGUGUUUGACCCGACCGAGAGCUCCAACUAUGGUUUGUUGGAGGAAAUGUCGCUGGUCGAGCUCCGGGAGCGCCUCCAAAUGAAAAAAGUUCAAGAGGCCGAGUGGGAAGCCGAGCGCCGCGAGCACAUUCUAGAGAGCAAGAAGGACAAGGAAGAGGACCUCAAAUCCCGAGUGCAGAACAUUGCGCGCAUUCGCCAGUCGGCGGCGACGGCGAACCGCGCGGCGCGUGCGCGCAAGAAACAACUCGAGCUGGAAAAGCUAGAAAAAGAAAAGAAAAUGCGGGACGAAGGCAACCUCAAGCUCGCGGCCAAAAUGACCAAGCAGCGCGCCGAGCGCGAGGCCGACGCGCGGCGUCUCCGUGACGAAGAGGAGCUCAUCGCCAACAAGCGCAUGUUUCUCGGUGCGGCGAAAAACAUGCUGGAAGAGCGCCAUUUCAUGCAGCAGUCGCUGGGCGCCGAGCGCGAAGCGACCAUCAAACAGCGCGCGACGCAGACCGAUGCGCGCACGGACGCCGCGACCAAGCUCAUGGCCAAAAACGUGCGCCACUUGUAUCGGCACCAACAAGCACUCGUCAAGGAGCACGAGUUUGCCGCCAAAGACGAGCUCAACGAACGCGCGACGCUCGAGACCAAAGCCCGCCUUCGCGACGACAAGGACCAUCGAAAAGCCACCGUGCGCCACGAAAAGAACCGACGACUGCACGCCCACGAGAUUCUACAGAACCGCAAUGCAUACGCCACCGAGAUCUCCAAGACGGAUGUUUUGAACGGUCGACGGUUCGAUGCUGCGCGAAGCAGCAACCAGCUCGACGCCUAGUAGUGUCGAUUUAGUAUUAAUAACGCUGAACCAUCCCCCGAUGUGUCGG